GCAGCCUCUCCCCCUCAAAAUCUCUCUUUCCUACAUUAGUUCCUCUUUCUCUAUCUUCUUCUUCUCAGCUCGCUUUCACAAAUCCGACAUCUCUUCCAAGAACCUUCUCUCUUUCUCUCUCUACUUUCUCUCUCUAAAAACGAGUCUUGUCCAUGGACUGGAUUGGUUGCAAGAUGAAGAAAUCAAACACCAAACUACAAUUAAAUUAAGCAUUUCCAAGAAAGGAUUAGUUGGUUGAUUAUAAGUUUUGAAUAAGAACAAGAAGGCAAAGAGAGAAUUAUCACAAACUCAAGUCAUGAGACCGAUUCAACCACCACCAGCUGCCGCCGGUGCCGCCUCCUCCUCCAACCGCAACCGCCAGCGGCGGCGUCCAGACCUAACCCUCCCUCUACCCCAACGCAACGCAUCUCUAGCCGUCCCUCUCCCCCUCCCUCCCACCUCUGCACCGUCGUCGUCUUCGUCGUCAAACACGGCUCAGCUCCGCUCGUCGGCAUCGGCAGUGAACUUCUCGGAGCUGGAGCGAUUGAACCGAAUUGGCAGCGGCACCGGCGGCACCGUCUACAAAGUACAUCACCGACCUACAGGGAGAUUCUACGCGUUGAAGGUGAUCUACGGCCAUCAUGAGGAAUCCGUUCUCCGCCAGAUCUGCCGAGAGAUUGAAAUCCUUCGGGACGUCGAUAAUUCUAACGUGGUGAAGUGUCACGACAUGUACGAUCACGCCAGCGAGAUUCAGGUACUUCUCGAGUACAUGGAUAGAGGUUCUUUAGAAGGGAUUCACCUCCCUCGUGAAUCCUCUCUCGCAGAUCUCACCCGUCAGAUACUCUCCGGUCUCUACUACCUCCACAGACGAAGAAUUGUUCACAGAGACAUCAAACCCUCAAACCUAUUGAUCAAUUCUCGGAAAGAGGUCAAGAUUGCCGAUUUCGGAGUAUCCAGAAUCUUGGCUCAGACGAUGGACCCUUGUAAUUCAUCGGUGGGCACAAUCGCCUACAUGAGUCCAGAGAGAAUCAACACCGAUUUGAACCACGGAAGGUAUGAUGGUUGUGCCGGUGAUAUAUGGAGUUUAGGUGUAAGCAUUCUUGAAUUUUAUCUGGGUCGAUUUCCAUUUGCGGUGGGGCGUCAGGGUGAUUGGGCCAGUCUAAUGGUUGCAAUCUGUAUGUCACAACCGCCGGAGGCGCCGCCUACAGCGUCAAGGGAGUUUCGGGACUUCAUUGCCUGCUGCUUGCAGAUGGAUCCGGCGAGGCGGUGGACGGCUGCACAAUUGCUUCGCCAUCCUUUUAUUACACAUAACACAGGGAAUAUCAACAACCUCAACAAUCAGGUUCAUUAUCAUCAUCCUCAUCAACCAUUACCUCCUCCACCUCCACAUUUUUCUUCCUCUUGAUUUUGAUUCUGUUUUGUGUAAUUUUCAAAUAUGAUUAGUGGGUUGGAUAUCGAGUUUUAGAGAAGAAUGGGAGGAAUCGGUUGUGUUGUUGUCAAGUUUUAAUCAAUCAAAUGUUUGUUGUAUUCUCAUCCUGUAAAUUCUAGUUUUUGAGAUUGGGCCCACUUGUAAUAUUGCAUUGUUUUCCUCUUAGAGUUAAAAUCUAGGCACCAUAAGUUAAUUGAAAUUUUGGGCAGCGAAAUUUCUUUUUCCCAACUUAGUUGAAAUCCUAUUGAUGUGUAAUGUGUUGUUGAAGAAUCUAAUUCAAUCUGUUGUCUUUGUGAUAUUAA